GAAAAAUUACAAAAAAUCUAUGAACAUACGGUUAUUUUGCACAUUUGUUGUGCCCGAUGGUAGUUUGAAGACUCAAUUAUUCAUAAGUAUCCAGGGACAUAAUUGAAAAUUCGCUAUGGCGCGGCUGGUAGCUGUUUACAAAACGGAUGACUAUCAGUUCCUUCGUCGACAACUUCCCAUUACUGUGGACGAUGACUUGAAGAUGGUGAUCCAGUUCAAUGAUACAUGUGUGGACUGUGAGAGUGCCCGUGGGAUCAAACAGAAGGAGUUGGAGCAUUUUGUCCAGAGAUUCAGUGCUCUUUCUAAAGAUGAGAUUGCUGUUGAGAUGAUGGUGUCUAGCAAAAAUAUCAUGAAUUUGCUAACACAUCUUGUGCCUUGUGUUGGUUGUAGAAGGAGCGUGGAGAGAAUGUUCCACCAGUUGGUGGACUCACAGCAUCCUGCCCUAGAACCACUGAUAGUUACACAGAGGGCUGAGCUAUCCAUCAAUCGUGAUAACCUUUUUGAUCCACGUGCUUUGUAUGCAUUAUUUAACAUACACAGAGCCAAACUAAGUUCCAUUAUGGAGUCAAUUCCAAAAAGCAAGAAGAAUAAACGCUGCAACUUACAUUCUUUAGACACACACAAACCUCGUACAACAGGGAGCUGGAUAGAAAUCUGGGACUUGUUAGCUCAGGAGUGCCGAGAGGAAGUAGUACUAAUUGAUGCAGAUAGUCUAUCAGAUACCCUUGAAGCUUACCUCAGAAAACAUAGAUUUUGUUCUGAAUGCAAGUCCAAAGUUCAGCGAGCUUAUAAUAUCCUGGUCGAGGAUCUGGACUGUUCAAAAGAAGUGGGCUACUGUGCUGCACUGUAUGAAGGUCUCCGCUGUUGUCCUCAUGAGAGACACAUUCAUAUGUUGUGUGAUACUGACUUCAUAGCCCACCUUAUCGGAAGGGCAGAACCAGAAUUAGCAGGAGGGAGCAGGAGAGACCGUCAUGCCAAAACUUUGGAUAUUGCCCAGGAAGAAGUGCUGACCUGUUUGGGAAUCCAUGUUUAUGAUCGUCUCCAUCGUAUUUGGCAAAAGUUGAAGGCAGAGGAACAAACAUGGCAGAUCCUUUUCUACCUCGGAGUUGAUGCUUUGAAGAAAAGCUUUGAGAUGGCAUUAGAAAGAAAACAAGGAAUUUCCAACCUUGAGCUCAUGUGUGAGGAGAUUUUGGAGGAAGAGAGGGCCAAAGAACAAAAACGAGAGCAAAAACGGCAGAAAAGGAAAAAGAAGAAAGCCAAGUCUAACCAGCUUGUCCUUGAGAAAGAGAAUUGUGCAGAGGAUGUAGAGGAGGAAACACACUGUGAAGUAUGUUCCUCUUCUGAAACAGCGUAUAGUCAGUGUGAUAACGCAACAACUCUGAAGCCAAGAACGACCAUUAAUGGACCUUGUGCAGAGAAAUGUGGCAUCUUUGCUGACCAGAACUCUAACACAACGUUAGCAUCAAGAGAAGGCUGUCGUGGAGGGCAGAAUUUAGAUCGACCAUUACGUAGUGAGAGUCAGAACAGUGAUUUCGGGUACUCCUCUGACGUAGAAGGAUGUGAGAACUGUAGUGCUCCUAGUUCCAACAGUUCAGAUAUCCUUUGUUCUGAUGGUGUCUGCAGUAGUCAGGACGGUGGCGAUAGUGUGUGUAGUUCCUCCACUGAUGGGUUAGAUACGUGUAGCAACUGUUUGUCUCAGGUCUCCCCCAACAAGCAAAACAGUCACCGAAGUAAACACAAAUGUGAUAUUCUCCAGACAUCCGAAAGUUGUAGCAGUGCCAACUCCAGUCCUCUCCAACAAAACAUGACCCUAAGUCUCCUAGACAUGUUAGAGGCGCCUUGUUCUUCAGAGGAUGAUGACUUUAUAACGGAGGAAGAAAUAAAGCACUUCAAAGCCAAUAAGAAGAAAAUUUUAGAAAAACGACAAGAACUGCGAGAGGACUUACGAAAGAAAUUCAACACUAAGUUUCAACAGCAGGGAGCAGAUGGCCAGCAGUCUUGGAAGGAAAACCUGGACAAUAUGGUUCAAAAGAUGUGUAAAAUGUGACGGAGAACCAGAAAAUUUGGCAUGUUCUAUGUUAAACAAGUGUAUUUAUGAAGGACUUGGGAUGGUGUCAGAUGUAAAAUUUAUUUGUCUGUUAGAUUCUGGCAGGGAUUGUGAAAUUUCCACCACUUGUCUAGGUUAGGCUCCAAUGGAUCUGUCAGGCAUUAUGAUCAUUCUACCAAUUGUCUAGGUAAGGCUCCAAUGGUUCUGCCAUGGUUUAUGAUAAUUCUACCACUUGUCUAGGUAAGGCUCCAAUGGUUCUGUCAGGGAUUAUGAUCAUUCUACUACUUGUCUAGGUAAGGCUCCAAUGGUUCUGUCAGGGAUUGUGAUAAUUCUACCACUUGUCUAGGUAAGGCUCCAAUGGUUCUGUCCGGGAUUGUGAUAAUUCUACCACUUGUCUAGGUAAGGCUCCAAUGGUUCUGUCAGGGAUUGUGAUAAUUCUACCACUUGUCUAGGUAAGGCUCCAAUGGUUCUGUCAGUGAUUAUGAUAAUUCUACCACUUGUCUAGGUAAGGCUCCAAUGGUUCUGUCAGGGAUUGUGAUAAUUCUACCACUUGUCUAGGUAAGGCUCCAAUGGUUCUGUCAGGGAUUGUGAUAAUUCUACCACUUGUCUAGGUAAGGCUCCAAUGGUUCUGUCAGGGAUUGUGAUAAUUCUACCACUUGUCAAGGUAAGGCUCCAAUGGUUCUGUCAGGGAUUGUGAUAAUUCUACCACUUGUCUAGGUAAGGCUCCAAUGGUUCUGUCAGUGAUUAUGAUAAUUCUACCACUUGUCUAGGUAAGGCUCCAAUGGUUCUGUCAGGGAUUGUGAUAAUUCUACCACUUGUCUAGGUAAGGCUCCAAUGGUUCUGUCAGGGAUUGUGAUAAUUCUACCACUUGUCUAGGUAAGGCUCCAAUGGUUCUGUCAAUGAUUAUGAUAAUUCUACCACUUGUCUAGGUAAGGCUCCAAUGGUUCUGUCAAUGAUUAUGAUAAUUCUACCACUUGUCUAGGUAAGGCUCCAAUGGUUCUGUCAGGGAUUGUGAUAAUUCUACCACUUGUCUAGGUAAGGCUCCAAUGGUUCUGUCAAUGAUUAUGAUAAUUCUACCACUUGUCUAGGUAAGGCUCCAAUGGUUCUGUCAGGGAUUGUGAUAAUUCUACCACUUGUCUAGGUAAGGCUCCAAUGGUUCUGUCAGUGAUUAUGAUAAUUCUACCACUUGUCUAGGUAAGGCUCCAAUGGUUCUGUCCGGGAUUGUGAUAAUUCUACCACUUGUCUAGGUUAGGCUCCAAUGGUUCUGUCCGGGAUUGUGAUAAUUCAACCACUUGUCUAGGUAAGGCUCCAAUGGUUCUGUCCGGGAUUGUGAUAAUUCCACACUUCUGAUGAGAAGAAUUCAGAGACUAGGUAAAGGAUGGAGUUGGAUUCUUGACCUACUAGAUGAGAUAAGUAUCCUAUAAGUCUGUCGUUGUGUUACUACCCCUGUUGCAUUGAAAGUUUCAAACAACUUGGAAGGGGAUUAAUUUGUUUCCUCCAAAGAUAGGCUCCUAUGAUAAUCAUUGUUGGGGAUUGUGUUCGUACCUUCAAGUCCCUGAAUAGAUUAGACCUGCUGAAAUUUCCUUCACAUAUCUGUAUUACAAUUUCUUUUCUACAUUUAAGCUGGCCUUUGGGACAAUAUAAUUAUGUUGUUUCUUAGCAACCGUGUCUAUUUAUUAGUUUUUAGGUUUCAUUUUUUUAGUGAAGUGAUAGAAAUAGAGGAUGUACUUAUGUUGAACAAUCCACUUUUAAUUGAUAAGAGAUGACUGUCACAGUCUUUAACAGGACACUUUAUUAAUGUUGAAUAUCCUCUUUUGCACUGCGUGAUUUGCAGCCAUGAUAAGAUGGUUGGGUCUGAGUUUGUAUAAGUUGUCCUAAUCUAAAUACAUCAUCUGUGGUAUACAGCUAGCUAUUCUACAUACGGUGUUAUCAAGAUGUUAAAAAUUCUGAAGAAAUGUAUUUAGACUGAAUGGCUGGGAGCCUAACAUAGAAAAGUGGUGCCAGUAAGUGAAAGUUUUGUUGCAAACAAUGUCCAUCAUGACAGGGAUUCUUGUCAGUUGAUGAGGUGUAGAUCACUUUAACUGGAAUCAUUCAAAAUUUACAAAUAAAGUUUCCAAUGAGAGCUAUUGUAAAGCUAUAUUACAGUUGUACUGUUUAUGUGUAUAACAGUGUCAUACAGCAAACAUUGUGUAGACAUGAUACUGUGUCAGGUGACCAUGUUAUUAGAUAUGUAUUUGGGUGACAACAGGUAUAGGAGACGGCCUAUCAAACAUUGUCUCUUUUUUCUAUUGUCUUUUUUAAAAUUCUCUACUUAAUUUCUGGCUUGCCUUCAGAACAGACUUGACGUGUAAGUCAUGAGAUAUGUAUGUCACUUCCCAUUUAAGAAACUUUCCGUCAUUCUAGACAUAAUACAGCUGAGAAACUUGUCAUAUAGGUAAAUACAUAUACAUGUAUUGAUGUCAAAUUCUCUUCGCUUUAUUUAAGAUUUUUAUUUGAAUUAUACAUGUAUGUAUAGUUAUAAACAUGUUGGAUCAUUUUGUUUAAAAUGAUGCUUGUCAAAUAUGUUUUAAGUAAAUAUCCCCUGGACUCCAAUAAAUGAAGUCUGAGGCUUCAUCGGUGUAAUUCAGUUGAACCGCUUCUUGUGGUCUGGAGUUAUUCCACUAUACACAAACACACAUGUACCGCAUGUUGGACCUCAUGAAUAUAAAGCUCAAGAUGCACAGUUUCAGAAAUUCCUGUCAAGCAUAAAUCAAUUAAUGAUAAGUUAAGACACCAACCAUUUCACACAUACUUUAUAGCACAAUGCUCCCGGAAAUAUGUAAGUGGACUCUACUAUUUUUUCUGAAAUUAUGAAAACUAAUGAUAUUCAGCAAGCUAGUUUCGGACAGGUUUACGCACCUACACAGCCAAUUAUUCACACAAUAAAAUAGUCCCUCGAUGGGAUUAGAUAACAGAUUAGUAUCAGAUCGGGUAGAGUAAAUAUGUUUGGAGUAAUUACAGUGUGGUUGUUAGUGGAAUAUGCUUCAGUAAUGAAAUUUAAUGACAUGGGCACAUUUACUUUUUUAGGUAAGAUUGGGCAAGGGGGAUUGGGGGAACCUGUAUCCAUAUAUCUUAAUGCUUAUGGACUACCCAGACAGAAUUUACUGAUUAGAAGUGUACAAAGAAAAGAUUAAAAGAUUCUUUGAUGGUUUUUAUAAGAUCCAAAAUGGUAUCUGCAAAACUGAUUAUUUCUGUGGUCUUCUUUGGGUUUUUUUUUCAUGAAAUUUAUUUGACUAUAAUGGUCACACAAAAUAUCAAAGAAAUAAGCAAAUAUCUAUGUUUAUCAGAACUGAUGUUGGAAAGUCCUUCAUUGGUUGAGGUUUGGAGUCAAUCAUUCCUUACUAGAAAAAGCAUGACUGAGGCCAAGAAUGUAGUAAAUAUUUUGUUUUUUUUUUCACUGGGGAAAGAAUUGAGUUUGGUGUAAAGUGCUAUGUUUUCAAACAUGAAAUCAAUUAAAAAGGAAACUUCUCAGUUUUUUUUUUGUAGAUUUUGGCAGUGACACUAUUGUGUAUGUGUGAUUCUCUUGAAACUUGCUACAUAUUAUUAUGAACCUUGCACUUGUGCAGCUCAAAAACACUUGCUGUAAAUUUUAAAUGAUACAUUUUAGAAUUCUGAAUGUGCUUCUCAUUGAAAAAUAAAUUACUGGUAAAAUAUAAGAAAUGUGCUUACUAGGAAGAUAAAGCAAAUUUCUGACUUUUUGUUUUGUUUUUUAAGUAAAACAAUAUUUUGAAAGUAAAAACUUACAAAUAUAUGAAUUGGGCUUUUUCACUUGUGAACAUCUUUGAGCAUCAUUAUGGCCAAGAAUUUUUCUUUUUCUGUAAAG